AUGUCGCAAUUCGGCGCGUCAGCCCUGCAAAUCUCAUCCGUGUCGCCAAUCUCGCCCGUUGCCGCUUCGUCCACCUCGCCCGCGGGGGGCCCCGCCCUUCCUCCGCCGCCCUCGAGGGCCGGCGGUGGAGCCGGAUCCGGACCCGGAGCAUCGGCCGGGACGCCAUCAUCGCAGCCCCAUCAGUCGCAGCCACCCCAGCACAAGCGCGUCUAUCAGGCCUGCAUUCCGUGCCGCCGCCGCAAGGUCCGCUGCGAUCUUGGUAGCGUCGACGACCCGCACGACCCCCCUUGUGUCCGCUGCCGUCGGGAAAGCAAGGAGUGCUAUUUCAGCGCCACGCGGAGGAAGCGCAAGGCUGAUGAUGGCUCCAUCGACGAUCCCGACCAAGACGAUUACAUCCUGCGCAAUGGCCGCAAACAGCUACGCGGCGCUAGUCCUUCGCCGGGCCUGGACCGCAGACUCUACAGCGACGUACCCUUGACUCCGGGGGGCAGCCUCGGCCGGUCACAGCCGCUAAGGCGGCCGGGUGAAACGUCCAAAAGCGUCCGUAGCAGCAGCACAGCCGGCGAGUUUGGCAAUGGCGAGCCCAACACUCCGCUCGAGAAUCUGGAGGCCCAGACCGUCAUGCGGAGAGGUGUCUACGGUCCACACGAUGCGCUAGACCUGCUCUACAAGGCUGCCACCGACAAUGCCUCGCACAAACCUGACGACGACCCUGCGCCGGCACGUAGCGCCACUCAACCCGGCUCCCACCACGCCCGUCGCGAGGCUGAGUCGCGGAAGUCAUCCAAUACCAUCACACCUGGGGGCUACCACCAACGACAUACCUCUCGCCAUGAAGGCCCGACCGCGGAACAGGCAAUUGAUCCGGAGCUGACGAGGCGGGAUCCGUCCACUGAGCCUGGUUACAGCGAGGCACUCAAGGCUUGGGCGCGGUUCAGGUUUGUGCGAGCGGGUUGGUUCACGGCCCAGGAAGCAAUUGACUACAUUGACUACUACUACAAGUACCUGUCCCCGCUCACCCCGAUCUCACCACCAACAUUCAACAACCCGGCAUCCCACUUGACGCUCUUGACAGAGGAGCCGAUACUCACUGUGACACUCUUGACCAUCUCUUCCAGAUAUCGGCGCAUGCCCGGCACCGGAGGGCAUUGCCGCUCACACGCCAUUCACGAGCAGCUGUGGACUUACCUCAGGGGCAUGAUUGAGCGGGUGGUGUGGGGUCAAGAGGCUUUUGGCGGCGGUUUCUGUGGGUCAGGUGCCGAUGACACGCAGAACUCAAGCACCGCUCCAUGGCGCGGCUUACGGAGGGGCAGUCUGCGGACGCUCGGGACCAUCGAGUCUCUAAUGAUCCUCACGGAAUGGCAUCCCCGGGCGCUCCACUUCCCGCCAAAUGAAGCGACCGAUGAACUGAUGCUGCCCUCAUAUGACCCGCCCAGUCCUGGGGUCGCUGAUGGGAAUCAGAAGCCCUCGUCUGGGUUUGGCGGUCGGAGAAUCGAGAGCUGGCUGGAACCCGCUUGGAGGAGCGACCGCAUGUGCUGGAUGUUGCUGAGCACGGGCAUGGGACUCGCAUACGAGCUGGGUGUUUUCGACGAUGUCGACGAGCUGCUUGCCGCCGGCGCCAUCACCCGCCCCGAGUACGAAGACGAGUCGUACCGCUUGAGGGCCAACCGCAUCAAGAGGCUGCUCUUGAUCUAUUUGAGCCAGCUCGCCGGCCGGCUAGGCUGGACGAACAUGGUACCAGAAAGGCUGCGCAAGUCAGAUCCCGCCGUGUCGCGGAGGAGGCGGCUUUCCGUCGAGGGUACCACGCCCGGGACCAACCCCUCGUCGCUGUCAAACACGUUCAACUACAUACCGGACCUGGAGCUGGACGACCAGAUCAUCCACUGCUGGGCGGGCAUCAGCCAUGCGAUGCAGGUCGGCAACGAGAGGCUGUUCAGGUCCCGAAAACACACAACCGAGAUAAUCCAGAGCGGCAAGUACAUCGAGUUGCUCAAGGACUUCCAACCCAUGCUGAAGGACUGGUGGAAUCAGUUUGAGCGGUUCAGGAUGCCUCCCUACAUCCGACACAUUCUCACCAUCGAGUACGAAUACGUCCGGAUCUACAUCAACUCGCUCUCCCUGCAGGCGGUCGUUGAGCGGUGCACUAGUAAUGCCGGCGGCGGCUCGGGGCCCGGUGGGAGCGUGUCCGGCCACUCGGGACCGCAGCUGUCGCCGCAGACGCAAAACUACUACGGCAGGCUGCCGCUCGGACAGCUGGGCGGCUUCGGCGCCGAGGACCAAGAGUACGUGAGGGAGGUUGUCAACGGCAGCCGGAACUUGCUCCGAACCGUUGUGGAGGGUCUGCUUCCCGGUGACUACCUCAAGCACGCGCCGGUGAGGACUUACUUCCGCAUCAUCAGCGGCGCCAUGUUCCUGCUCAAGACGUUUGCGCUCGGGGCGCCCAAGUCGGACGUCGAGCUGAGCAUCCAGCUGAUGGAUCGCACCGUGGACGCACUGCGGAAUUGUGUGGUGGACGAUGUCCACCUGGGCAUCCGGUUUUCCGACAUGCUCGAAACGCUGACCAGCCGCUUGCGGAACCGCUUCAUCUACGCGCCGCCGGCGCCCGUGUCGACGACGGAUGGUAGGUCGCCCGGGCAGACCCACGGCGAUGUAAUCAACGGCAGCGGCGCGAACGGCUUGGCAGCGACGAACCAUGCGCAAGAGAUGUGGCUUAAGCUAAAGGAGGCCCCUCCUCUCGAGCGGUCCACAACCCCGGCCAACAUCUCGGCCACCCCCUGGGACCUCACAGCCGGCACGUUUCCGUACCCCACCGGGUCCGCGUCCAUGUUUGGGCCGUCUACGCCAGCGGCCACGACAGGGCUCGACAACGGAACCACCAGCGGCGCCGGCCUGGCCGACGGCGGGCUCUUUGACAACCCGGACUGGGCCAACCCCAACAACGAGAUGUGGUACCUGCCCACGGGCCCGGCCUUUUUCCAGAACAUUGAUAACAAUGCCGUGUCGAUGACGGCGGAGGGCGUAAAUGUGGGUGGUAUGGACCUGCUCGAGUACAUGGCGAUGGAUCCGAUGGACCACCACAACUUUGCCAUGGAUGGGAAUGGGUUUUGA